AUGGGGGUUCUGUUGCCUAAAGGAGUUGAAGGCACUUCGAGGGUUGGAAAAGCUUCUAAGAAAACAAAGAAGCAUGAAUCACAAAUCGAGAAGGAGGUUACGAAACCAGUUCAAGAACUUGCUACAAAGGAUGUUCAAAAGGAAGUUGUUCCUUCGAAAAUAGGUGUUCUGAAACGAACCAAGAAGCCAACACAUCGACCUCGUCAUUCUCCAGAACGACCAAUCAUUGAAGAAGUUCCUGUUGAGCCUUUCUCUUCACCAAAGGAGGGUUCUAUUUUGAAGAUCAGGAAAAUUCGCAAACCUCAGCUUAAUCGAAGGGGUGUGAAAAUUCGUGAUGUUCCAGCUCCAGUUUCACCAGCUUUAAAGAAACGAAAAUCACAUGAAGUGGUGAAAAAGAUACAAAAGAAAAAGAAGCAGCUGGAAGACCCUCUUGAUGAGGUAGUUGUCGAAACUGAUUUCGAGAGUGGGAGUGACAAAUCUCCUAUUCAUCACGAAGUGCAUGGAUUUGGCUUUUCAUCACCACAAAGGGACUUUCCAACACAUGGGGUCAACAUCUAG